CCCAAAGAUCAGUGGUGAUAUAACAUAUCAUGCGUCGUACCGCGCUAUUUUAAGAAAAAGACAAAUCGAAAAGUGAUCGACUUGACUCGGAUUGGUCGGCGGCUCUCUAGCGGCACGGUUACCGCGCCGCCUCGUGAUCUCGAGCUCAGCCUCUAAAACAAACACAGUCCAGAUCUACAUGAAUGAAGUAAAAAUUGGUUUUCGUCCAAUCAGCAGACAUCUUCAUGAUAUACCUUUCGUGUUGACAACUGUUGGCUCGCGUGGUCCGAGAUGGCUUAACGUUCCCGAUGAAGAAUUGGAAAGGGGAUUCUCCAUCUGUAUCUCGGAAUCGGUCUCUACCUAGCUCGGGCUCGUGCAUCGCCACGAGAGAUGUUGGGCUACGAUCGCCAGGAGUACAUAUAAGGUCGGGAUGAUCGCUCUCGAACAAAGAAAAAAAUCUCAUUCAAUCAACCAAUACUUCAAACACAAUUACAUAUUAAUAUCUAAUACAUUUAAUUGAUAUUCGAUAUCCUUAAUAUCAUACUAAAUAUCACCAUCUAAUAUUCAAAAUGCUCGCCUCAAUCAUCACACCUCUUACCUUCCUCGCCCUCGUCGGCGCUACUCCAGUCCCGCAGGCUGCCCAACAACUCUCCAGGUCUAAGGGUUUCCACCUCAAGGCAGAACUCCGAGACCAGACCAAGGAUUUAGAUCCUCCCGUUGCGGGCACUUAUCUGUCCGGCAUCCACGUCGGCGCUGGCCAGAACAUCGCGGUCGUGUCCGCGAGUAACCCUGGCUCCUCCACACCUUACUACAGCAACGGCACGGAAGCACAGGGCUGGGUUGAUGUUCUGAACGACUUGGGCACCGACUUCCCGUGGGGCUUCAUCGUACAAGACUCGGAAAGCACCGAUGCUACCUACCCUGGCGAGCACGAUGCGAGCAUUAACGUGGGCGGCGGCAGCAACGGAAUUACGAUUGAGCAGUCUGGAGACUCGGUGGCGCUCAGUGGUCUCGCACCCGGCUACUAUGCUGUAUGCGACCGAUUCAUCGGCUACGUGCGUACAAACAUUCAAGUUGUGCGGUACGUGUAUGAGGGCGAGACUCUGCCGGAGAACUGCGCCGCUGUCAACUUCGUGCCUCAGUGCGCGACUCUGGACGACCUCCCCGCCACCUCGGAAUGGACUCACGACUUCGUCCAGGAGAUCGACUGCGUUGCCCCCUCUGCUUAAGAGGUCUAUGAUAAGGGACUGCUAGGGUUAUUGGAGGAGAGAAUUGAGGGAGGAAUAUGGGAAGCGAAAAUAUCUGCAUUGGAUUCGAUACUAUUAAUAUCUAAUAGAAGGAGGCAUACAGUAGGAAAGCACACGCUAUGCUAAAAGUCGCAGCCAUGCCAAUAGAGCACAUCGGCUUAUUUAAAUAUCGAGAAGUAUCUCUUCGAUACAAUAAAACCAUUAAGAAGCA